UAAAAGCAAACGUGAGGGGAGCUAAGACUCUGGGAUUCCCAGCUUUGUCACUGACUUGCCGAGUGAUGUUUGGCUUCCCCGUCUUUACAAUGGCAGUUAUGGUGCCUAUGUAUCUCUCAGUAAUUUGUGAAGCAUAAUAGAUAGGUCUUUGGAUUGAAGGCAUUAGAGAAGGCCUUUUUUUGAGAAGAUGCCCAAAGUAAAGAGAAGCAGGAAAGCUCCUCCGGAUGGCUGGGAACUGAUCGAACCAACAUUGGAUGAGCUGGAUCAGAAAAUGAGAGAAGCGGAGACUGAGCCUCAUGAAGGGAAGAGGAAGGUGGAAUCCCUCUGGCCCAUCUUCAGAAUUCAUCACCAGAAAACGCGCUACAUCUUUGAUCUCUUCUAUAAGAGAAAAGCUAUUAGCAGAGAACUGUAUGAGUAUUGUAUCAGAGAAGGAUACGCUGACAAAAACCUGAUUGCAAAGUGGAAGAAACAGGGUUAUGAGAACCUCUGCUGCCUGCGCUGUAUCCAGACUCGGGAUACCAACUUCGGAACUAACUGCAUUUGCAGGGUCCCAAAAAGCAAGUUGGAAGUGGGGAGAAUCAUUGAGUGCACUCACUGUGGAUGCAGAGGCUGCUCUGGGUGAAAUCUUUAAAAACUGGACACUUUUGGGGUUCUGAAAAGUGCUGAUUCCACAUCAUGGACUAUUCCUGCUAUAAUUGUCUUGUAUAAACCCUGCAGUGAGUGAAGCUUCCUUUAACAGUCUGAACAGCAAUAUGCCCACCUGGAUCAUAAAAUGCAGUAGUGAAUGAUUUUGACUAGUCUUGUAUAACCAUUUUAUUUUAAAAUAAAAUCUUACCUCCCCCCACA